CCCGGCGCCCCGAGCCGCCCGAGCCGGGGCGCACAGCCGGGGCGCAGCCCGCGCCCCCCGCCGCGACUGACAUGAUGUUUCCACAAAGCAGGCAUUCGGGCUCGUCGCACCUACCCCAGCAACUCAAAUUCACCACCUCGGACUCCUGCGACCGCAUCAAGGACGAGUUCCAGCUGCUGCAGGCCCAGUACCACAGCCUGAAGCUCGAAUGUGACAAACUGGCCAGUGAGAAGUCGGAGAUGCAGCGUCAUUACGUGAUGUACUAUGAGAUGUCCUACGGCCUGAACAUCGAGAUGCACAAGCAGGCUGAAAUCGUCAAGAGGCUGAACGGCAUCUGUGCCCAGGUUCUCCCGUACCUCUCCCAGGAGCACCAGCAGCAGGUCCUGGGAGCCAUCGAGAGGGCCAAGCAAGUCACGGCCCCGGAGCUCAACUCCAUCAUCCGACAGCAGCUCCAAGCCCACCAGCUGUCCCAGCUGCAGGCUCUGGCCCUGCCCCUGACCCCGCUGCCCGUGGGGCUGCAGCCGCCCUCGCUGCCAGCGGUCAGCGCGGGCACCGGGCUGCUCUCGCUGUCUGCGCUGGGCUCGCAGGCCCACCUCUCCAAGGAAGACAAGAACGGGCAUGACGGGGACACCCACCAGGAGGACGACGGGGAGAAGUCGGAUUAGGGGGCGGCGGGGAUGGGGAGGGCGGGGGGACAGAGGGGAGGCGGAGAGAGGAAGCUGGGGUGCCAGACACAGUAUCUCUGGAGAUGGGCUCGACUCCCGUAGAAUUUAUGGCCCCAGCCCUGCUUGGGUGCCACCCCCUGGCUUUGCUCCUGCCCCUGAUCCCGGCCUCCCUCCUCCUCCUCCUGAUCCCCCCACCACCACUCCCCUGCAGCCAGAAUGGGUAUAUACCUGCGCAUACCACAGAUGGGGCAAGCUGAGGCCUGGAGGUACAAAUGGGAGGCCAGCUCAGGAGGGAGCAAGACCUCAAGAAAUCCAACACCCCCCGCACUCCCCGCCCCCGUUUGGCACACGUGUAACUGACAGUUGCCCGCCGGGCCCCCUCAGGGCACACCCCCCAGCCUCCCCCUACCCCGGCACUGCAUGCAAAGAUGCUAGCUGCCCCCUCCCGCCCUGGGCACCCCGAGUCUCCCCCUCCCCUCCACCCACGCACCCCCUGCCGCUAGUUUCAGAAUGCACCCCCACCUGGGCCUCUCCCCUCGCCCACAGAAGAGGGGGCCGCGGGAAGUGAGUGGGGCGGGGGUCUCAGAAUUCCCUUUCUCCCCUUCCCCAAUAAAGAUGAGGGUACUCAAGUUGUCUUGGUUAUUCUUUUUUUUUUCUUUUUUCCAGUACACUAGCUUGUCUUUGAAGAAGGGGGAUAUUAAAAAAAAAGACAGAAAAAUGUUUAAAAAAAAAAAGCAACUCCCACACCUGUGUCUGUAUAUAGCCUUUUAGACUGUCGGCUUCUGUGUGUUCCUCGUUUGAUCUCUGCGGAGAGAAGUGAAAUGCUGUAUCGAGGGUGGGCUUAGCUGUGCCUUUCAAAUAAAGAUGUGAGAAGGUUG